AUGCAAGUGAACACAGAAGAUAUCACAGUCAACUGGGGACAACAACCUCACCCACUUGAUGCGCAAUAUGGAAAAUGGCGUAUGGCAGUAUUUCAAGAUGUGCAAGAGUCUAUAGAUAUGAGCAAGCUUUACUUUCUCUACGAUCCGAUAGCUGAUGAAGGAAGUGGAACCAGUGGUACUCGUAAAGGAUAUCCCGGUCUCGUUAUCUUUGACGUCAAUUUCAAAUGUUUUGCCGGAGAAAUUCCAUUGCAUGCACAAGGUACAAUGAAGUUCCUCUUUGCAUUAAAAUGCCCAUCACCUCAGGGUGGUUCUGCCUUUGUGCUAGUGACUGAAGAGCAAAUUUAUGGAAAAAUCCGUCUUCAUGUCUUCCGUCUUGAUCUUUCUGGUGAUGGCAUAUCUGUGUCAAACUGUCGUCCUCUUCUUGACAAUCCACUAGAAAUUGGCGGAGAGUACAUAUGUUCGAUGCGUGAAGAUGCUCCAGAAAUUGUUGUCAUGGCUAACCCAGGAUUACAGGUAUGGCGCAUCAACGCUAUGGCCGAAGCCCCACAGCCUCCAACUGCGAACUUUACAGUACAAGGUGCCGAUCUCACUCAUUUCUAUGAUGGGUUUCUCAGCAAUGGUUCUGUACAUCUGUUGUCUUCCUCACCCGAUGGUCAUUUGGAUCACACUCGUAUUCAUGUGCUCAAAUUGGAGAAGCCUGAUAUUAUCACAACUCACCAGUGUACUCCAGAUCCACAACGUGGAAUGCCUGUGCCGAGGAAGAAUUGUGGUAUCGAUGGAAUAGCGAAUGCCAUUUUGUUGGCUGGAGGAGAGAUUGAUCACGGCAAUUACAAUGUUCAACGUCUGGUCGAUUACUGGAUGCUAGAUACCAGAACAUUCCAAUGGUUACAGAUUCCAGCCCAAAUGCCAGCUCCAUUGAUUGAGCCAAGACUCACUGCAUGCAAUUCAGGAAACAUCUACCUGUGGGGCGACUUCGACCAGCCGCUGCCAGGCAUGCCACCUGGUGGUACUCAUCUACGUAUUAUGAGGGUAUCCGGUAUGGAUAAAGCUGGUCAUCCACCGUCAUACAGUCAAACUGUCUCGCAACCACCGGUCUAUCCUUCACUGCAGCCGUCUCCAUACCCUCAACCUGGAUCCGCUGCACCUCCAUACCCUGCCUACAAUCCUGCACAGACGAAUCCAGGUUACGGUAUGCCAUCGCCUCAGAAUCCUCCACAACCCGCUCCAGGAUAUGGUAUGCCACAACCUCAGAAUCAGCAAUAUGGGGGAUAUGGGGAUGCGGGAUACGGUGGAGGUUAUGGGGGUCAGGGACAAGCAACUUCCGGUUUUCAACAAGUUCCAGCAGGGCCAAAUCAAACAGCCUACUAUCCACCUCAAAAGCCAAAAAAGGAUUGUUCGCUUCAGUAA